AUCUGCUCAUGAUUAACAUUAAUCAAUAAAUUUCCUUAUGAAAACCUGCCCUCCGCCAUUACCUUCAUAGAAUUGGAUCUGGUAAAAAUCAUAAAAUUAUAGAUAAUUACACUGAACAUAGUUUAUAUCGAAAUACAAAAUGAACGCUCAGGUUUUGAAUCUUGUCGCCGCUUUAGGUGUUAUGCAAUACUCUAAAAGAUUGGACUUUGAAGAUCCCCAAGUUGUAUAUUAUGCUCGUGCUGCUUAUGUAAUUUCAAAUGCUAUCAUUUUUGGUGUCUAUACACUUAUUCAGACUCGCAUUAGCUCCAACAAUGACCGUACACCCUUGAUUUACGAAGAACCUCCUGCCCCUUUCUCCGGACAAACGACAGGAAAGCGUGUUACGACUACUGUCAAGGAUUAUGACAAUGAACAACUUCAAAAGGCUAAGAAGAGCUCUAUGAUUGGUGUAGCUAUGAUGGCCUUUAUGCAUUUAUACAUGGGCUAUGCUCAACCUUUGGUGCUCCAAUCCAUCCUCCCUUUAAUUGGUUUGUUCACAAAUCAAUUGACUUCUAUUUACAUUCUUGGCAAGGCAGCCGAAGGCAGUUUGGCCCGUCCUUUUGCCGCCAGUGGUGGUUUGUUCAAUAACGCCAACAAAUCUGCUCCCGCUACUUCUUCCAGCACACCCGCUGCUGCUGUUUCGGAUGGACCCACCAUCACUGAAUUGAAUGAUGAAGAAAAAACCGCUUAAAUAGUGCCAUUGCAUGCUAAACAUUCAUCGGUUCUUUAAGAAAUGAAUUCAUUUGAUUUUUGUUUUAUUGUAUUUUCUUCUAUGGUGUUUUAUAAUAACUUACUCUCACUGUAUCAUGUUGAUUAAUUUGAUGAACAAAAUAUUUUUAGGUGAACCCGCCUGUGCUCUAUUACUCUUUUUUUUACCUCUUUGUCUAUAAAAUGUAGCUACGAUUGAAAUGUUCCUGUA